AGCUUCAUGAUCAUUAGCUACAUUUUUCUUGCGGCGAGUCUGUCUGACAUGUGCUUGAAGGCUAAAGCAGCAGAAGUAGUCAAUGGUUACUUUGGUUUCGAAGUGCCUGGAAUCAUGGCGGGGUUGGCCGGCUCACAGAUUCGAUUUGUGCUUCCAGGAGGCAACAAAGUCGAAGGGUGGACACUCCAGUUACCAGGCCUAUUGAACCAUACCAAUGUAACAAGAACAACCCCUGGGUUGUACAUAUUAGAUCCUAGCUUCAGUCUCACCUCUCAGCUAUUUAUCUCUUAUUCAAGCUAUCAUGCUUAGCUGUUCUACAGGUGUUACAAGC